AUGGCGCCGUGCGUGUGGGCACGGGGGUGGCUGCAUGGGCUGAGGGGAGCGGGGAUGUCUGUGGGGACAGAGACCCUGAGGGGCGAAUCUCCGCGCUGGGGGUCACUGGGCUUCCUGCGAGGAGCACUGGCGGUGGGUGGGGUGUCCUCGGGCAGCAGUGUGGACGUGCAGGUUACGGAGGCGUCGAAGCAGCAGGCGCAGCUGAUGGAGGUGCUGAAGAAGGAGGUGAGGGCCAUGCUGAUCGCUGCCAAGGCGGGCUUGACGCCGGAGCAGCUGGAGGAGCAGUACAUGGCCAUGGUCUGCAAACCUCUCCCUCUGCGCGACCUGGGCUUCCAGUCCACCCUGGAGCUGGUGACACAAAUGCCUGAAGUUGUCCAGAUCUGUUCUUCUAAGAAUGGUGCUUUAAUCCUCAAAGCCAUUGCAGAUGACUCCACCAAAGGGAUUGCCAGGCUGGUUGCCAACCAGAAAGUAAAGACACGCAAGACAUCAAAGAAAACCGCCACAAAGGCAAAUUCUACUUUUCCCACUAAGUACUCUAAAAAUCCACAGAGUUUCCAUACCCUGAGUGCUGGGACUCCUGUCCUGCCAGCAAUGGUGAAGGCUGAGCUGCAGGACCUGCUGAGCUCCUCACCACUCCUGCUGGCAGACUUUGACAAGGCUUUCCUCCGACGCUUUGGCCGGGCGUUCCAGUACAGGCAGUACGGAUUUCUGUCCGUGUCUGAAGUCCUGAGGAGCAUGUCUGAUUCCAUUGCUGUUGAGCAAACAAAGGCAGGUUCCUUGCUGGUCCUGAGGAAGUACUUGGCAAGCAAGAUAGAGCAGCAAGUGGUGCCUCAAAGUGAGGCUGAGGAAGAGGAGAUGCCUCAGACAUCUGCAGCUGAGGUGCCUUCUUUGGAGCCCACCUGUGAGACAAAGAGCUGCUACCAGGCAGCAGCUCUGAUGGAUUCAGAGCCAGUGCAAACACCAGCAGUAGAUUUGGGUGAUCACCUCAAACAGCAUCAAGGUCUUGAGCAGUUUCCAGCGACCCCAGAAAUCCCUCCAGAUGCUGUUCAGGACAGAAGCCUGUGCAGUUUGCCUCCUCUGAAGAGCAGGUGCUUGGUGGGAGUCAUUGUGGAGUUCGUCGUCUCCCCCAGCCAGUUCUACAUCCACGUCUGCAGCACAGAAGCAUCCUAUAAACUGCAGGAUCUGAUGUUUGAGAUGAGACAUGUUUACUCACACAAAGUUGCUUCUGAUAAAUACAUCAUGCCUGAGUCUGCAGUGAGGCCUGGGCAGCUGUGCUGUGUCAUGGUCUCCAAGUGGUGGUACCGUGUCAUCAUCCACCGUGUGAUCAAUGACCAGGAGGUGGAGGUGUUCUAUGCAGACUAUGGACACCUCCAGAUUGUCCAGAAGUCUUGGCUGAGAUUCCUCAAGUGGCACUACUUGAAGCUCCCUGCUCAGGCCAUCCCUUGUUCCUUGGCAUGGGUAAAACCUGUGGAGGGUACAUGGUCCAGUGCAGCAAUUCUCCUGUUCAAACACCUCUGUCGCUUCAAGGAGCUCGUGGGCGUGGUGGAUGAAUACGUGGAUGGUGUUCUGUACCUCUUCCUGUGUGACACAUCCACCAAGGAGGAUGUCUACUUCCACUCUGUCCUCAGGGAUAUGGGAUAUGCUGAUGUCUGUGGGGAGAACAUCCCUUCCCAGGAGUUUGAGGAACUGAAUCCUUCAGCCUUGUAUGUUCAGCCCAGUGGAAAGCAGGGGAAUGCUGAGGUGGUGGAGCCAGACCUUCGCUUGCAGCAGCAAUCUCGAGAUGCAGACAGUGAAACAGAAACCUUGAAGCUGAAUGGGGCUGAGCUGUGACCAGAUGAAGCAAACAUGAAGACCAACACCUUCCCAGGAGCCUCAUGGUUGGCCUCUGCCAU